GCUCUUUACAGCUACUCACUGCACUGUUUCCAAGAGCGCAGCGCCGCACCAUGACACUCACUGGACAUAAGCAUUAAGGAUUUCCGUCUUCACAAAGUAAACUCGCCGCUAUAUUUUCAAAGAAAAAAGUUUGCCAAAAGUUGUCCACUUGUUUUCCAAGAUGCCACGCUCUUUUCUGGUCAAGAAACAUAUAAACUCCGCAAAGAAGCCAAAUUAUAGUGAGCUGGAUAGCCCAACAGUGUUCAUCACGCCGCACAUCUACAGGGGUCUUCCCCUGCCUGUCAUCCCCCAGCCGGAGAUCCUGAGCCCGGCAGCGUACAGCCCCAUCACAGUGUGGACUACCAGCAACUUGCCGCUGUCUCCGCUCCCUAGUGACCUUUCCCCCAUCUCUGGAUACCCCUCAUCGCUCUCCGACACAUCCUCUAAAGACCAUAGCGGCUCUGAAAGCCCGAGGAGUGAUGAAGACGAGCAGAUGCUGCCCAAGCUGACAGACCCUCACGGAGUGGACGCAGAAAAAUUCCAAUGUAGUUUGUGUAGCAAGUCCUACUCCACGUACUCUGGACUGCUCAAGCAUAAACAGCUGCACUGCGACGCCCAAACGAGGAAAUCCUUCAGUUGUAAAUACUGCGAGAAGGAGUAUGUGAGCCUGGGAGCUCUCAAAAUGCACAUCAGGACUCACACGUUGCCUUGUGUUUGCAAAAUAUGCGGGAAAGCUUUCUCCAGACCGUGGCUGCUCCAAGGACACAUCAGGACGCACACCGGAGAGAAGCCAUUCUCCUGCCCUCACUGCAACAGGGCUUUUGCGGACAGGUCCAAUCUCAGGGCUCACCUACAGACCCAUUCGGAUGUGAAAAAAUACCAAUGCAAGAACUGCUCCAAAACCUUCUCUAGGAUGUCUCUCUUGCACAAGCAUGAGGAAUCUGGUUGUUGUGUAGCACACUGAACUGGGAUACUUUUCCACUACCAGAGAAAAAAACAAACUCUGUUGCUUCUUUAUUUUUCCAGGAGAACAGUCAGGGAAUCACAUCGAAGGGGGUUUGUUCCCAAAUAUGCAGACUUUUCUUCUUCUAGGAACAGUCCAUUUCAUUUCAGAGUGAGAAAUAGCUCUGUGCUCACGUGCUUCUUGUUUCAAGCAGUGUUUCUGUGAUUGCAAUCGCUGUCGAGCUUUGUCAUGCCGUGUACUCACCUACCUGUGCUAUUCAUGCACUUUCCUGCAUGUCUAGAAUGUUUUAUAUGCCCUCACAAUGUUAUCUGCAGUGUUUUGUACAAAUGUCUCUCAAUGGCUGUUAUGCAGUCCUCCACUUUUCUUUAUACGCACCACACAAACGAUACCAAAAGGCGCAUUAUGAAUGACAGUAUACAUAUAACUAGAGGAAUACUGAAGCCAUUGUUACUUAGGGAACAAGUGCAAACUUUUUUUUUAGGGUGAAAAUAGAACUUUUUUGCACAUUAGAAACGGUUUGCCAGCACUCAAACAGUAAAAUACAUUUUCUCAAGUGCCUCAGUUUUAUUUGGCAAUAAUGUGUAUUAUUCAACAACAUUUUCCUGUUAUAUUUUUAUAUAUUGAAUGUAAGUGUGACUGAGAUGAUUGUAUAUUUACAGUGAAAACUGUGAUACUGAAUGAUUUUGAUAUUUUCAUAUUUUCAUGACACUUUAAGAAAUAAAGUUUCAUGACAAUUUGUUAUAAUUUUUGGUAUCCUUCAAGUUGCUUUUCAUCUGUGAACCCUUUGGUGUAUGAUAGGCUCUUUCAGCAGGGCUCAGCAGCAUUCUGUGAUUGUUACACGCUUUGAAUGGUAUAACUUGCACAAAAGUAAAUGAUAUUUAAUACAG